AUGUCAGCCACAGCGACUAAUUCAGAAAAGAUUAAACUGCGACUUCAUUAUUGGGAUUGUCGUGGCCGCGCUCAAGCAUUUCGCUAUAUGCUUGAGGAUAUUGCAUACACGAAUAAAAAUGUUGAUUAUAAAGAAGAUUUCGAACAAAUAAGCACUACGACGACAAUAUGGCCUGAGCAUAAAGCUGACAAAACAAUCUCUGGCUCAUUUCGAACCUUGCCUGUGCUUCAUUGGAAUGAUGAACACGUUUUUGGUCAAACUUUAACCAUAGCACAUUUGGUAGCAAGAAAAUUCAAUCUCUAUGGGAAAGUGACAUCAUCAGUCACAGAUCCUGUUUUACUCGAAGCUUAUCUCAACGGUGUUGCAAACUGUGCCUAUCUCGAUGUAAUCGUCAAUGUGUGCAUGUGUCUAUGGAAUACUCCUGAUAUUGAAAAUAAGACGAGUGCCGAAUAUUAUCCAAUCAUAGGCGUGAAGGAUAAAACCGACCAUUGCCGACUAUUUCGCAUUCGAAGCAUAUCUCGUUGCCCGUGA